AUGCCUUCGGCAGAGCCUCUCGCAACACCAAGCAAAGAUGAGGUCACUCAUCAAGCAAUCUUGGAGAAGGAGGCUGAGAUCGUGGCCCAGAUGGCUUUUCUGAACCUGGAUCAACACAAUCAGCAUCGUGACGAGAUCCAGUCAAGUCCGCUUCUUACAGUCCCUCUCAUCGAGACGUCUCCCCCAUCGCAAUUCGGUCUCAUCGGAGCAAGUCUUUCAGAUGGCACACCCACGGCAGAGUCUCGACUUUUUCACAACGUGGCAUGCCCUUCUAGCGUAUUCAUCUGCGGCAGCCAGGGCUCCGGCAAAAGCAACACUCUCGCGUGUUUGCUGGAGAACUGCCUCAUCCCAAGCAACCUCGGCGACUUGCCCCUGCCCCUGACGGGUAUCGUCUUUCACUACGACAGCUUCGUCUCCGACUCUGGCGGGCUGCCGUGCGAAGCUGCUUACAUUGCGUCUCACGAGAAAGUGUCGGUUCGGGUGCUGUGCGCCCCGACAAACAUUCGCACGGUCAAGAUUAUUUACGGCGGAAUUCCUAAUGUCGUGAUCGAGCCUCUGAAACUGAGUGACAAGGACCUCAACACCAAACGCAUGAACGACCUCAUGGCCGUCGGAGUCGGAGACGGUGGAGUGCCGCUGUAUGUUCAUGUCGUCAACCGCAUCUUGAGGGACAUGCGAAUGCACCAGCAAGAAUAUGACACGGGCUUCAGCUACACGAUCUUCAAGAGGCACCUUGAUAAUGCAGACCUGACUCCGGCCCAGCGAGGUCCGUUGUCCCAACGCCUCGACACCCUCGAAAGCUUCAUGGUGAAAGAGAACGAGAAGUCCAUCGACUGGAAGCCAAAGGCUGGCCAACUCACGGUGGUCGACCUCUCUUGCCCAUGCGUGACCGCAGAGCUCGCCUGCUCGCUGUUCAACAUCUGCCUCUCGCUCUUCCUGGAAGAGAAGUCUACCAUCGGAAGAGUUGUGGCUGUCGACGAAGCUCACAAGUACAUGAGACAGUCGGCCGAGAGCCAGGCUCUCACGAACUCUUUACUGGAGACCAUUCGGCUUCAGCGUCACCUCGGCGUUCGCGUGGUCAUCUCGACUCAGGAACCCACUGUCUCUACUCAACUCCUGGACCUCUGCUCGAUGACGGUGGUUCACCGCUUCACCUCACCUGACUGGUUGCGCACUCUGCGAAACCACCUGGCCGGAAUCUCGUCGAUGUCGGUGACCGUGGCGGAAGGCGAGGAAAUGAGUCAACCAGUCAGCCCGAUCACCAUCGGGGGAGGCAAAGACCCUAUUCUGGAGCUCUUUGCCAUGAUUGUGUCGCUCCAUACGGGUCAGGCUCUUGUGUUUGCACCGAGCGCGGUCCUCGGGCUGCAGGAGGGCGCGAAUGGUAAGCAGGCAGUACUUCAGCGGCUAGCUCAUCGUGCCCUUCGCGUCAAGAUCAGAUCUCGCUUGACGAAGGACGGAGGAAGAACAGUGAUGGCUUGA